CUAAGUCGAAUAACGUUUUUUACAUAGAUGAUUGGUCUCCACUAAUCAUUCAUCUAAGGUUUUGUAAAUGAAGUCUUGCAAGCUUUCAAAAAAUGUACCUAAGAUUCAGUACCUAUGUAAUAAAAAGCAAUCGACAUUAUUUUACUUCUUAUCUUAUUUUAUUAUGUCACUUGUAUGUUGACUGUCUGUCUUCUUCGUAAUUAAUUUACACGGCUAGACUACAUUUCCUAAACCAUCGACGUUUAUUAGUUAUGAUAAAAAAAAAAAUUUAACUUUUAACCUUGAAUCAUGCAUUUAAAACAAUAUAGCUAAAAGUGGUUUAGUUAGAAUAUGAGAUAAUUAUAUGAAUAAGAUAUGUUUGUCGUUAAAAUAACAUUCGUUAGGAUUAUUGAGUAGGUAAUUUAAAUGUAUUCAUAAUUUUAUAAAUUAUUAAAUGGUAUAAAUUUUUUGUUGGUAUAUUUUUCUUGUUAACAAAAGUCUAAGCUCUGUAUGUUUUUAUUUUGGUAACUGAGGCCAUCAUUACUUAAAAAAACAAUUUCCCACCUAUCUAUUGGGUAAUACCGAAGAACAUUGCCCAUAUAGGCAGGGAAAUACCUUUUCGCUGAAAGCAAAUCUAUACCGAUAAGAGGGUCAGAUGGCGCCUAUAUCGCUGCUUGUAUCCUUCGCCUCAACAACAGUGGUGUCAUCUCAAUGCGGUUGCAUGUGCCCAUGCGGGCAAGUGAGCGGUACGAAGGUCAGUCGGGCCGUCGGCCGUCACGUCACGCAACGAGUCCGCCGCCCCCAUCACUCGCACCGCUGUGAAGUGAGCCGCGAGCGGAGUCCCCGCCUGCCUGCGCGCCGCCACUCACAGUCAGUGCGACCGCAAUCGUCGAACCAGCCGCGCAUACGUUAAAGAACACGCUUUCUCCACACGACAGCGUGCUCAAGGCAGAGCUGUUUCGACACGCCAUUCGGUUGCGAAAGUUUGCGCGAUGAUAUACAAGUGAGAGCCGCCUCUGACGCCAGGGUAACGCUCAUCGCGCACGGUGAGCCAGUUUAUUGGACUAAAGACAUUCGAAACUCUCCAACGAGGGACGGGGGGCGCACGACGCGGUCGGGUCGUACACGCGGGAGCAACCUAUCCACAUACUUAACUGUGAGAGCGACGGAAACCAAUUUUUAAUGUGUCAAGUCAGUAUAGCUUAUUGCUGCUACGUCAGAUCGCAGAACGCCUCGAGCAGGAACUACAAGGUUAUGCAAAUGAGUUCUGAACGCUUCUAUACCAGGAAUAAUCAAAAGACCAUUCACAACUUUAAUAAACUUUAACGUUUCGCCGUACGGUGUUUCUAUAUAAGUGCUUAUCUUUCGUUUUACCUGUCCUUUAUUAUCUUUCGGUUUCGCGAUCGCUAAUUGCUAAUUACUGUGGGAGUCUAGUGAUAACGAGUUUUUGAGUCGGGCGAGUGUGUGUUUGACGUGCGGAUAGCACCGCGACGACCAGCUGACGACGAUGGCUGCCCAGGAGGAGACCCUCCUCGCGCGCUGCGAGAUUCCCAUCAUCGACCUUGCACACAUAGGCACAGAUACAUGUCCUAUGAGAUCAGUGGUGAGGCGCAUCGGACAACAAUUGUUUGCAGCACUCAGUGGGAAGGGGCUGGCUAUGCUGGUGAACCAUGGCAUUACCGAAGAGAAGCUCAAAGCAGUUUACGUUGACCUGGACAACUUCUGUGCACUGCCCGAAGGUUGUCAGUCCCAGUACUUAAAGAAACCAGUCAGCAAUCAUGGGUAUAUACGACCUGGCAUGGAGCAGUUCGACUCUACGAAAAAGGAAUUACGGCACUCGUUCAACAUCACGACGCUGUCUGCGGCCGCGAUGCCGGCGGAGGAGGAGGUGCCGCAGUUCAUCAACCACGCGGAGCCGCUGGCCAAGGACCUCACCAACCUCUCCCGGGUGCUGCUGCAGGCGCUCGCCUAUGCCCUCGGUUUGCCCCCAGCUACGCUGCUCGAAUGUCACUCGGGCAUGCUUGAGAGUGACGGAAAGAACCCAUCCACGAUGAGGAUAUUGUAUUACCCGCCCGUGCCCCCUGAAGACGAAGGUCCAUGUUGUCAAAGUGACGCAGUUUUGUACACGCGAUGCGGCGCACAUUCCGACUACGGCACUUUCACGCUACUAGCGCAAGAUUCCGAAGGCGGGUUAGAGGUCAAGUUGCACGGGAGUGAGAAAUGGGAGGCUGUGGGUCACUUGCCUGGAGCCAUCCUCGUACAAACAGGCGAGCUGCUGGCUGGCUGGACGACCAAUCUCCUUCCCGCCCUGAUGCACCGCGUGGUAGUACCAUCGGGAGCUUAUGCGCGCGCCCGUGGCCGACACUGCGUCGAGUUCUUCUGCCACCCCGACAACGACGCCAAGCUGCCCAACCUGCCACCCCGAGCUGCGCCUGCGCCCGCGCCGCCCACCUAUACGCCUCACGCGCACAUUACACUCCACCACCGUCUGCUCAACGCGGCCCAUCAUCUGCAUAAACGGUUCAGAGAGACGUACGCAUGACUAGUGCACGACAAACUACCGCCGCAGAAGACACCUCUGGCGCGACGUCAUACCACGCCCUGA